CAGCGGCCAUGCCGCCGCGGCGCAGCAUCGUCGAGGUGAAAGUGCUGGACGUGCAGAAGCGGCGGGUGCCCAACAAGCAUUAUGUCUACAUCAUCCGCGUCACGUGGUCCAGCGGCUCCACCGAGGCCAUUUACCGGCGCUACAGCAAGUUCUUCGACCUGCAGAUGCAGAUGUUGGACAAGUUUCCCAUGGAAGGAGGGCAGAAGGACCCCAAGCAGCGCAUCAUCCCCUUUCUGCCAGGCAAGAUCCUGUUCCGGAGAAGCCACGUCCGGGAUGUGGCUGUCAAGCGCCUGGUACCAAUUGACGAGUACUGCAAGGCCCUGAUCCAGCUGCCCCCCUACAUCUCUCAGUGUGAUGAGGUGCUGCAGUUCUUUGAGACAAGACCCGAGGACCUGAAUCCCCCCAAAGAGGAGCACAUUGGAAAAAAGAAAUCUGGGGGAGACCUGACCUCGGUGGACCCCAUGGUCCUGGAGCAGUAUGUGGUGGUGGCCAACUACCAGAAGCAGGAGAGUUCAGAGAUCAGCCUCAGUGUGGGGCAGGUGGUGGACAUCAUCGAGAAGAACGAGUCAGGUUGGUGGUUCGUCAGCACGGCUGAGGAGCAAGGCUGGGUCCCUGCCACCUGCCUGGAAGGGCAGGACGCUGGGCAGGAUGAGUUUUCCCUGCAGCCUGAAGAAGAGGAGAAGUACACGGUCAUCUACCCAUACACAGCCCGCGACCAGGAUGAGAUGAACCUGGAGAGAGGGGCCAUGGUGGAAGUCAUCCAGAAAAACCUGGAGGGCUGGUGGAAGAUCAGGUACCAAGGCAAAGAGGGCUGGGCCCCCGCCUCCUACCUGAAGAAGACCAGCGGGGAGCCCUUGCCCCCGAAGCUGGGCCCCGGCUCGUCUGCCCCCUCGGGCACCCUCGACCUGGACGGCGUCUCCCGGCAGCAGAGCGCAGUGGCCAGGGAGAAGGAGCUGCUCAACAACCAGAGGGACGGCCGCACCGAAGGCCGCGUGGCGCCCGAUGGCGAUGUCCGGCAGAGAUCACCAAAGAUGAGGCAGAGACCCCCUCCUCGCCGGGACAUGACCAUCCCUCGGGGUCUCAACCUGCCCAAGCCGCCCGUCCCACCCCACGUGGAGGAGGAAUACUACACCAUCGCCGAGUUCCAGACCACCAUCCCCGACGGCAUCAGCUUCCAGGCCGGCCUAAAGGUCGAGGUGAUCGAGAAGAAUCUGAGCGGCUGGUGGUACAUUCAGAUCGAAGACAAGGAAGGGUGGGCCCCAGCAACCUUCAUCGACAAGUACAAGAAGACCAGCAAUGCCUCGAGACCCAACUUCCUGGCUCCCCUGCCCCACGAGGUGGCCCAGCUCCGGCUGGGGGACGCAGCGGCAGUGGAGAACAACGUGGGCAGCGAAGCCAUGGGCCCCUCCCGGCCCCUGCCUGAUACCCCGCACGGUGCCCUCGACUCUGGGAUGUCCUGGUGCAAAGACUGGAAGGGUGGGAAGGAGGCCCUGAGGAAGGCGUCCACAGACGCAUCCUCAUCGGCAGGCUACGAGGAGAUCUCAGACCCCGGCCUGGAGGAGAAGCCCAGCCUCCCUCCGCGGAAGGAGUCCAUGAUCAAGUCGGAGGGGGAGCUGCUGGAGAGGGAGCGGCAGAGGCUGGAGCAGCUCCGCGGCUCCUCGCCGAAGCCUCCUGGCAUGAUCCUGCCAAUGAUUCCGGCCAAGCACUCCCCGGCCCGGGACGGCAGGAAGCCAGAGCCCAAACCUGAGAAAAGCAAGUUAUUCCAGCUGAAGAAUGACAUGGGGCUGGAGUGCGGCCACAAGGUCUUGGCCAAGGAAGUGAGGAAGCCCAACCUCCGGCCCGUCUCCAAGUCCAAGGCUGAGCCCGAGGAGAAGCCAGAAGCCGUCCCCCAGAAUCCAUUCCUGAAGUCCAAACCUCAGGUCAGGCCCAAACCAGCUCCUUGCCCCAAGACAGAGCCACCUCAGGGCGGAGACCAAGUGGAUAUCUGCAACCUUAGGAGUAAGCUCAGGCCUGCCAAGUCCCAGGAGAAAUCCUCACUGGACGGGGAGAGUGCCCUGGCUGCUGGGGGCCAAGACAUGGCCUUCAGCCGAAGCUUCCUUCCAGGUGGGGAGGGACCUGGCCGUGCCCAGGAUAGGCCUGGCAGACAGGACGGACUCAGCCCAAAGGAGCUGUCCUGCAGAGCCCCCCUGCGGCCAGCCAAGACCACCGAUCCUGGGCCCAAGAAUGUGCCCGUCCCUGUCCAAGAGGCGACCCAGCAGAGACCUGUGGUCCCACCCCGGAGACCACCGCCCCCCAAGAAAGGCUCCUCCUCGUCUUCCUCCAGACCCCUCCCGGAGAUCAGAGGGCCACAGCAGGAAGCCAGCGAAAGCAGGGCAGCUGCUGCCCCCGGCCGUGCCCUCCUCGUGCCCCCAAAGGCCAAACCUUUCCUCUCCAACUCCUCUGGGGGCAAAGGCGGGCUGGGGCCGCGGGCACCCGGCAAAGCAGAGGACCACAGAGAGAGGGCAGCUGCGGCCUCCUUGCCCGACAUUGACGGCCUGAAGGACUCUUUGUACGUGGCCGUGGCCAACUUUGAAGGAGACGAAGACACGGGCAGCUUCCAGGAAGGGACGGUGUUCGAAGUCCGGGAGAAGAGCAGCAGUGGCUGGUGGCUGUGCCAGGCCGUCAGCGGGGCCCCUUCCUGGGAGGGCUGGAUCCCCUCUAACUACCUCAGGAAGAAGCCCUAGCGCCCUCCUGCCGGAGGCCCACUGCUGCCCACGUCCUCCCCACGUAUUUAAUGGCCUCUUAAUUUAUCCGACUCCACAAUUCAGCU